UUUGUGCUUCCUCUGCGCGCACCUCCUUCCUCCCCGACUUUGUCUUUCUUCUUCCUUCUCCGGCCACUAUAUCUGCAAACCACCACCACCAUCGAAUUCACUACCCAAAACCAAGUCUUAUCUGCCCCCAUCGCCGUCUCUCCACCGCCUCUAUCAUCUGCUCCACUGCCCAGGUCCUCUCUCUCUCUCUCUCUCUCUCUCUCUCUCUAUUUGAGGGGCAUCUGACGGUGGAUCGGGAGCCGCUGUCUCAGUAGAUCUUCAGAUUUCCGGCCGAUUUGCUAGUUUCUCUGGUUUUGUUGAAUCAACGCCAGAGAUUUUAAGAAGCUUCAGGAUGCAAGGAUCUAUACUUGCAAUGGCCUAAUGAUGCACACAAAAGAAGAACUUGACAGGAAUCAAAGGUUUAUCUGGGGCCAAAGUUGAUAAGAUUUGUGAGGCUGCCGAGAAGAUAGUGAGAGAAGCAGAGGAAAGAGGCUUCAAGGUUGCAAACAGUGAACAUAAAAAGCUGACGGCGAUGAACAAGCUUUUGAUGGAGGAAAACGAUAGGUUGCAGAAACAGGUGUCGCACUUGGUCUAUGAAAACAAUUACUUCCUCCAACAGACUCAAAAUACAACUCUGGCCACAACAGACACAAGUUGUGAAUCAGUAGUGACAAGUGGUCAACACCAUUCAGCAUCCACCAAGGGAUGGGAAUUUAUCCAUUGCAGAGGAGACUUUAGCAUAGUUUCUUUCACAGGAUACUGGAACUGUUGUGGAGUGGGUCCAAUUGCCUGGUAUGAAGCCUGGUCCCCGGAUCCCAUUGGAAUCGUUGCUAUUUCUCACGGUUGCACCGUGCGUGCGGCCUGGUGGGUCUUGAACCUACAUGGUAAUUUCUGAAGAUUGAUCAAUGAUUGUUGUGAAAAUGCAUACAAGUCCAGACACAGCUUGCUCACACUCUGCUUAACUACAAAGCUUUGUCUUUGCCUCAAGUUAGGAUUGUCUUAACAUUCUGGAAAUCAUGCCAUCAUUAUGCAAAGUUUCGUUGUGGUGUUUCUUUAGAAGUUUUGCGUUUGAGUACUGAAAUGUUAAGUUUAUGUUGACUGUGAAUUUCUGUCAUCUUACAAAUACUCAGUUUGGUUUAAAGAGAAAUUAUAGGCUCCAAUAUGAAUCAUGGUAACCAAAAAAGUGGUAAUUGUGGGUUUUGGACUGCUGCAAUGCCUUGCCAAGUGAAGUGGAAUGACAUUAUUGCUUUUUCAAAAUUUGCAUCCCAUAUAUAUCUGGUCUUUUUAGCAUAAUAAUCUAGCAGCAAGCCUCAGAUUUCCUUACUGAAAUCUGCAGUUUUAUUCAAAUAUCAUGUUCUAUACAUCAAGCCUUACUGACUGCUUGUAUUAUA